CACUCCGGCCAUCAAACACCCUUCACCGCCGCACAAGCUAAAAGCUAAAGCAAAACCGCCGGAGCUCGUAUCCCUGAGAGAGAAAUGGCGACGGAGGUGGCUGCCCCUGAGGUCCCCGCUACCGAGGUCGAGUCACCGGCGCCCGCCGAGGUCGCGGAGAAGAAGGCCGCCAAGCCGGCCAAGGCUGCCAAGGCCAAGAAGCCCGCCGCGGCUAAGAAGCCCUCCGCUCAUCCUUCCUACGCCGAGAUGAUCACUGCGGCGAUCGUGGCGCUCAAGGAGAGGACUGGGUCGAGCUCGGUGGCCAUCGGGAAGCACAUCGAGUCCAAGCACGGCGAGCAGCUGCCGGGCAACUUCAGGAAGCUACUCGCCGUGCAGCUCAAGAAGCUCGCCGCCACUGGGAAGCUGACCAAGGUGAAGAACUCCUUCAAGCUGCCUGCCAAGGCCGCCGCUGCCGCCCCUGCCAAGGCCCCCGCCGCCAAGCCCAAGCCAGCUGCCAAGCCCAAGGCAGCCGCCAAGCCCGCCGCCAAAAAGCCCAAGGUCACCAAGCCGGCGGCGAAGACCAAGGCGGCCACCAAGGUCGCCAAGCCCAAGGCGUCCCCGAAGCCCAAGGCCAAGACCGCUGCUCCCAAGACCAAGGCCCCCGCCGCCGCCGCUACCCCGAAAAGGGGCCGCCAGGCCAAGGCGGCCAGGACCUCCGCCAAGGACGCGCCCGGGAAGAAGGCGCCGGCGGCCAAGAAGAAAGCGGCUACCCCUGUGAAGAAGGCCGCCACUCCCAAGAAGGCGGCGGCUGCUCCUGUGCGCAAGGCGGCGGCAAGGAAGGCCAAGAAGUAGAAGCGUUUGCUCAUCUUGGUAGCGAAAUCAUGGUGGCCAGAAACCACCAUUAGUAGAAUCCCAUGAAUCCUCCUCAGUUUUUAGCAGCGUCUUCCUGUAAAUUCGAUCCCGUUCUCUAGCUAGCUGGAUCGAUCUCAAUCCUAUAUCCUAUCCUAUACCUCCUGUAUGUUGAGGACGAUUUGUCUUAAAGUUAUAAUACUAGAUGGUUCCUUCUAGAUUCAUAA